CACAUGUCCGAGUAACAUUGUUACCUUUCAGUUUUGCGCUUCUCGACGACAAUUGCCUUCUUGCCCUUUACACGAUUCGCAUGGCAAACAAAAAUAGCGGCCGGAAAGGUUCCCGUUCGGGAAGCAAGCCCGUCAUUAAAGAUCCCCGUUUUGCGUCCCUUCAUUCUGAUCCUCGUUUUGCCAGACCUAAGAAGGACAAGUUUAAGGUUCAACUAGAUGAGCGUUUCAAGUCCAUUAAAGAGGAUAAAGAUUUCAAACAGACCGCAAGCGUUGAUCGGUACGGUCGAAAAAUAAAGGGCGAUAAGUCAGAGAAAGAAAUUGAACGUCUGUACAAGCUCGAAGGAGAAAAAGCCGAGUCUGAAAGCGAAUCCGAGUCAGAAGAAGAGGAAUUUAAAGGGAUUGAAGGAGAGGACGACGAUGAAGCUGAAAGUGGUGGGGAUGACAACGAGGAGAGCGAAGAGGAGUCAGAAGAGUCUUCCUCUGAAGAGGAAGAGACUGUGUUCGACCCUGCUAGAGGUGAGGGUGUCAUUGACACUUCCGACAGUGAGGACACUUCGGAUGAAGAAAGUGAAACAGAGCUGCAGCCAGAAGUAAGCGAGGCUGCAGGCAUUGAGCCUGAGAACGUUAUUCCUCGCGGUGAUGAAACUUCACGACUGGCUGCUGUCAACUUGGACUGGGACAACAUUCGUGCCGUUGACUUGUACGUUGCACUCUCUUCAUUUUGUCCCGCCGGUGGUCGUGUCUUAAGUGUUACCAUCUAUCCCAGCCAGUUUGGCAAAGAACGUAUGGCUAAAGAGGAACUCGAGGGUCCUCCAAGUGACAUCUUUGCUAAGAACAAUUCCAACACAAUUUCUGCUACUUCGUCCUCGUCGACAGCCGUUGAAGAGGAAGCAGACGCUAGCGAAGACGAUAUCGAGUAUGAGUUUGACGACGCUGAUAAUGGCGACGACGACGACGACGACAACUUGAUCACUGAAGAUAAAGGUGAAGAGUUUGAUAUGGUUCAACUGAGAAAGUAUCAACUUGAACGUCUGCGUUACUAUUAUGCCAUUAUUGAGUGUGACUCUGUUCACACAGCCAAGAACAUUUACGACUCGUGUGAUGGCACAGAGUUUGAGGCCAGUGCCAACGUCUAUGACUUGCGGUACGUCCCCGACGAAACAUCUUUUGAGGAAGAUGAACCAGCCGACGUGUGCACAAAGCCUCCCGUAAAUUAUGAACCUCGUGAGUUUGUCACUGACGCCCUUCAACAUUCUAAGGUGAAACUGUCUUGGGAUGCUGAAGAUCCAAACCGCCGUGAACUCAUCAAAAAGGCAUUCACCUCUGACGCUUUGGAAGAUCUUGACUUUUCAACAUACGUAGCAUCAAGUGAUGAUGACGACGAUGAGGAAGAAAGUGAAUCUAUCCGUCAAAAGUACAGAGCGUUGCUCAAUGGCGAUGAUAACGAAGGAAACGUUUUUGAAGAUGACUUUGGCAAAGGAUCAGCUAACGGUGAAAUGCAAGUUACAUUCACUCCGGGCAUAGACGAUUCCAAUGACAAAGAUUCAGAAGAUGAGACGACUAUUGAAAAGUACAGACGCAAGGCCACAGAACGCAAAAAGCGCCGUAAGGAGUUGCGGAAACAGCGCAUUGCUGAGCAAGCUGCUGAAAACGGUGAAGCUGAUAAAGAUCUUGGCUUUGAUGAUCCCUUCUUCAAUGAUGAGAAUUCCAAGUCGGGUAAGACAAAAGGAAAGAAGGACAAAAAGAAGGGCAAGCCUUCUGCUACUGAAGAUGAUAAUACCGCUGCUUCUCGUGAAGAGUUGGAGAAACUCGUUCGUGAAGAUGAAGAAGCAGAUGGCAAGAAGCACGAUCACUUUGAUAUGAAGAGCAUCAUCAAGGCUGAAAAGGGAAAGAAGAACAAGAAGAUGAAGAAAAAGCUCAAGAAUCUUGAAGGCCUCCAAGAGAACUUCAACGUUGAUCUUAGCGAUCCUCGUUUCUCGGCCCUGUACACAAGUCACCACUUCGCCAUUGAUCCCACAAAUCCUCACUUCAAGCGUACCACAGUUACUGAGACUAUCCUCAGCGAAACUUUGAAGCGUCGUGAGCACGAGCACGAAAAGCCCACAGAGGGCCGUGUCGAGUUGAAACAGAAGCGGAGAAGGGUCGCAGAAAAAGACAAGUCGCAGGAACUUGAUCGACUUGUUGCAUCUGUUAAGAACAAAAAAAAGUAAUCCAGUUCACAGAAUGACUUGGGUUGGUUGGGUUUCAUAUGGUUAAUUUUAAAAUAGAUCAAUCUUUCUUUUUUUGGACAUAAGCGUACAUGCCCAAGGUUCCUACAGAGCCUUUCAUUUCCGUCUCCCAUCAAAUCGAUAGUGCGUUUUCGGCUGUAAUAUUUAAUGUGGUCUGCGUUUUGUUCACCUUUUUCCCGAACAUUGACAUGUUUUAAAUCUGUUUAAAAUUCUGAUUGUCACAACAUAGUUAAGAAGCUGAUAAAUCUGUUUUUGCUAUAUUCAUUGUAGAGAGCAAAGGGGAAGAGAAAUCGGUGGAAAGGAACUCGUGAAAUUUCAUGAACAAGGUUACACAACACGUCUGGUCCGACGAAGUCUAUAAAAACGUCGUAUGGUCUAUCAUAUACUCACUCAUAUAAUUGAUUGGUCAGCGAGGAAAACCGCUUAGUUUUUCUUGGCAUCUUUGUUGGCAUAAAUCUUGGCAGUAAAAGGUCUACAAAAGUUAGUAAGAGAUUUAAAACAUGACACAGAGUUGUAGGGCAACCGCACGGCUCGAAAAUCAGCGAGCCGAACAGAUACCGCACUCGGUACCGACUGUAAGACGUACUCUUCGUAUUUCAAAGCGAGCUUAUACACAUAGUAAACCUCGGCAGUCAACAAGAAACCAACAGGCUUUCCGUAACGAAGGGCCGUGGCCAAAAAGCACAGGGUAGAGCCGACAUACAUAGGGUUGUCGCAAACAUUGAAUGGAAAUCCGGUGAGACGGGCGGGAAGAAGGAAACCAAAGUAGUCACCAAGGUAAGUGUUAACUAUGCCAAGUCUGUACAUGCUGGACAAGACGAGAACACUUCCGGCAAGCAACAAGAGCUUCGAGAUGCCUUGGAAGAAAGGUGCCAAGAGAAGCGACAUCGUUGGUUGACGCUUAAUGGCAUUUUGGAAGAUCAAAUCGCGAAUAAUACCGCCAACAAAAAUGACUAUAGCCAAACCA